AUCUCAAAUGACGAAAAUAGCGGUACCUCGGGAGCUUGGGAAAAAGAACAUUUCUUUGUUGCAUAAUUAUAAACGGGGAUCUCCAGAAUUUCAACCAAUGGCAAGACUUGUUACAAAACGACUCGGGCCAACCUGGAACCGGAACCAGCAAGGUGUAAAGCGUGAAAGUCACCGUAAAAUUUUACAAAAUCCAAGAAAUAAACACCGAUUUUGCUGAAUUUGGGAUGUUUUCACCAUUGGUGACAUGUUCUCUGAGACAAUUAACAAAUAUAGAAGCAAAUUAUAUCAGAGGGUGUAGUAUUAUUCCGGUACGAUGGCGAAAAUUACGACAUAAACAGAGGGCGCCGAGCAAGUUUUUUGUGGUUCGCGAACCGACGAUCAACGCACCUGGAGAAGAUGAGUUCUUGAAGGAACAUUUACCCAAAUACAGGACGCAGAUAAAGGCUAUUUCGAAACUAUUCAAGGACCAGUAUCAAGAGAAAGGCAUUGGGGGUCAGGAUAACUUGGACCGUAUUAAAAACGAAGAGGAAGAACAUGCCGAGAUGAUGAAGUUAAAUGAGAAAUGGAAUGCUGAAGUAGCUGCUGCCAGGGAAGUGAGAGUUGCCAUGGAGACACUUGAACACCGCAGGGCAGCAACAGCAGCAAUUGAAAGAAAAACACGAAAGAGUCUGGAAGAUUUGGAGAGAGUUGAGGAAGAAAUACAAAUGGUGAAGGCAAGGUCAAAAGAGUUCAUCACCAUGGAUAACAUUGAUUCAAAGUUAGAGGAAUUAUUGGAUUGUCGUGUCGAUUAUAACUUUGCUAUAGACACUGAAGGUAACAAGUAUUACCCUGAUGGUUGGGAGCCAAAGGCUAAUGAACAAAGGACAAGAUCUCAAAAUGUGACAGAAUCUGUGAAUAGUUAAUACGGAAAGGUUCCAGUGAAAAGGAGGUCAACUAGAGUCAUUUGGACAAGUGUAAUCUGAAGAGUUAGUAUUGGUAACUGAAAAUAGGCUGUAGCCUAAAACAAAGAAGAAUGUCUGUCUCAGCAUUUCUCAGAUGGUUUCAUUCAAUAUCCUGAAUGGCUAAUCUGACCUGUGAAUACUUACAUAGGGAACCCCCUUCUUAGCAGACACCUCUCUAUUAAGGACACCCUCUCUUUUAAGGAAACUGCAUCUGGUACCAAAUUGGUCAUUUCCAUUGAAACUUCUCAAUUGAGGAAAGAAUUUGUCUGUACCAAAGGGUGACCUUAAUAGAGAGGUUCUACUGUACAUGUAGGAUUUCACCUUGCAACCUUUCCUUCCCUGAAAUUAAGUGUUGCUAUGAUGAAAUCGUGAUCAUGUUGUGCUCUCCGAUGAUAUCACAAACCUGAGGUAAACACUCUAGUUUGUGGCUAGGUUAUGAUAGUAUAGUGUUCACAUAUAAUUUACAUCUGUUGCAUUACAGGUCAUUAUGUUGUCCACAGUCACAUUAUGCAGGCUAUCAACAGUAGAUUAGUUCACUAAUGAUAGCCUGUUAAUGGGUUCUUAAUACUCCAUGCCUGUACAGAAAAGUAUGUGUUUAUAGUUAUCAGUAGAAACUGAACAACCAUGUUAGAAAGAAUUUUGGUGAAAUAGACUUGUGUAUUCUUGGUUUACAAUAAAUUUCAUUUGAUAAA